CACGAAGAGAAAGAAAAAAGUGCGAAAAGCAUAUGAAAUCGAGUGAGCGAGAAAACGUAAAGUUUUGUUAACGUUUCAUUAUUAAAUGAAAGUCUGUAGCAAACUAAAAUAGAACUUACACAGACUACUAAAAAUAGAACUUACACAGACUACUAACAUAACCUAACAAGCCUAUUGCACCAUACAGAUUUCAUUAACAACAAUUAUGUAGUUCACGCAGAAUUGGGUAAAGGAAGCAGAAAUUUAUUUCAGCAUCAGGCGGCCAGAUUGUAUCACCAAACAAGCCGGAUUUGGCUCACGGUCCGUAGUUUGCACAUGUCAGGCUUAGGGUAUUUCAAUAUACUGAUAUAUUUUUUUUGUUUUCUAAUAUUUUUGAACACAGGCUGCCUGUUAUAGGCUCUCACCUGUUGGCAUUUACAUUAACGUUAUCCAAAUUCCAUUUUACAGUUUUUUUUAAUACGGGUCGAGAGAUGGACCUGUCAUAUGAGGCUGCUUUAUAUUUAGCUGCACUAAUAGCACCUGCUGCUUUAUUUUCUCUAAAAUAUGCCUUCCGCCAAUUCACUUCAUUGGGAAGUGACAAAGUGGUUGUUAUUACGGGGGCGAGUUCUGGUAUUGGAAAAGAAUGUGCUAAAGAAUUUUUUAAAGCUGGUUGUCAAGUGAUUUUAUGUUCCAGGAAUGUAGACAAAUUGGAAGAAUUAAAAAAUGAGUUGAUUAAUAUGAACAAUUGUGAAGAUAGGCCUGAACCUUGCGUGAUUCCUCUAGAUAUUUCAAAUGAACAGAGCAUCCAGGAUGCUGUUGAUUCAAUGAAUCGUAAAUUUCCUGACGGAAUUCAUAUAUUAAUCAACAAUGCUGGGAUGUCAUAUCGUGGUAACAUUCUGAGUACUUCCAUGGAUGUUCACAAAAAGUUGAUGGAAACAAAUUACUUUGGGCAUGUCUCCUUGACAACACGUCUUUUACCUAGUAUGAUUAAGUUGCCACAUAGUUGUGAAAAAUACAAAGCUCAUAUUUUGUCUAUAAACAGUAUACAAGGACAAAUAUCAAUUCCACAUCGAUCAGCAUACAGUGCAUCUAAAUUUGCAUGCACAGCAUUUUUUUCUUGUUUGCGUUCCGAAGUGGCACGUUUUGGAAUAAAUGUCUGCUCUGUUUAUCCUGGAUAUGUUAAAACAAGUUUGUCUCUAAAUGCCAUGACUGGGGAUGGUACCAAUUACGGUAAAAUGGAUGCCACUACUGAAAGUGGAAUGGAGCCUUGUGAUAUUGCGAAACAAGUUGUAAGCGCGAUCCGCAAUAAUCAAGAAGAAGUUUCAAUUGCGACUUUAAAAUUAAGACUAGUAGUUUGGCUCCGAUAUUUGUUUCCUUCUAUAUUUUUUUGGAUCAUGAAAAAACGUGCUAAUCGAUAGAUCUUCUUUCUUAUAUUAGUGUAGCUUUAAAUUUCUAAAUUUCAUUAUCAGAUCAAAUUUUCAUUAUUUAUUUCAUAUUGAAAAUAUGAAUACCUUUUAUUUUUUAGUCGGUCUUUUCUGUUGCUCAUAUAAUGUAUUUUGCUCAAUUUAAAACAAUAUAUCUUUCGAUUUCAUGCAAUCCAGUCUUCAACCAUUUCACUUCUGAAUUUUCUUGGUAGAGAUACAUCCCACUGUAAGAUUUCACAGCGAUAUUUCCAAGAUUUUUCCCUCUUCAAGGUUAUUAAAAUAUAGCUUAUAAAAAUUGACUACCGUAAUUAUUAUAAUAAUAAAUGCGAAAAGUGUAGAUCGUGAAGUAAACCUUGGGAAUAAACUUGCUAGUGAAUGUACUCAGUGAUUUUUGAUGGGCUUUCAUACUUUAUGCAUAGCCUGAUAAUACUAUAAGACAUAAGUUUAAUCAGGUUGCUUCAUGUGCUGUCUUGUAUCCUGUGCUAAUUACUUUUAAAUUCUUGUUUGAGUUAAAUCAAUUUGAAUGACUUAAUUAUCGUCAUGUAAGGGGAAAAUGCAGUGUUUUUGUCCAAUUUAUAAAAUUUGUAAACUGCGUAUUAUUAAAAUUAUCUUCAUGUCAUUUUUUGUUGUAUACAAGAUUUAUUAAGUUUUAUUUACUUAAAUUUAAACUAGCAUACUGUUAUGUAUGGCGAAAAACUCUUAGUGCGAGUAUUUAUUUCUAUUUGCAUUGGACUUUUUUUCCCCGAGACCGGGAGCUCAGGAGGCUGAAGUCCUCAGUCGUAGAUAUACAUGCCGCUAAUCCGAAAUAUAUAUAGGGGGCAAUGUUGAUACUUGAUUGAUUUAUUGAUUUUACUAUCAGAUCUGUUUGUUUUCUUUAAUGUAAAUAGCCUGAAUAACCCUAAUCACUAUCUAUUGUGUAUAAAAUCAACCAAAUACUGUUUUAUCUGUUUGGAUAAUAGAAUACCACCAUAAGGUUGUUACAAUACCACCAUAAGGUUGUUUUUUUAUAGAUAUAUUUUUGACAAUACAUAUCAAGUGUCAAAAAAAAAUAGUGCAAUAAAGCAUUGCGGUAUUCAUUAAUUAUUUAAUUUGGCUGAAGCAUAAUAUUGAUUCACUAUACCUUGAUUGGCUUUUGAUGAUGUAAAUUCUUAUUUUAUUAG